AUGAGUAUCACACAUUAUCAACAUAAUACAAGUACAAAGUCAAAAGGCAUAAUAUUAGAUAUUCCCGUUGAAGUUUAUACAGAUAUUUGUAAAUACAUACCACCCAUUGAUCUUGUAACGCUUUCAUUAGUUUGUAAGAAAUUUCGUCGAUGGUUAAUUGCACCAUCCAAUUUUGGAACUGAACAAAUUUGGAGAACAUCAAGAACAAAUUUUUUAUCAUCAAUACGAACACCUCCACCUGGAAUUUCUGAACAAUGCUACACAAUUUUACAUUUAAUUGAAUUAGGUUGUCAGUUUUGUGGAGCUGGAAAGGUUGAUCCACGUGGAGAAUUGCCCACUGAAUCUCCAGUAAAAAUUUAUUGGACAUUUAGAGUUCAGGAUGAAAGCGUUCUCGAUUUUGCACUCUCGGGACUUCCAUUUUUGGUGCGAAUUAAUCGACCAUACAUUUAUUGGAAAAAAGAUGUUGAAGAUGCACUUCGAGAAUUUGAAAGUAUGGAUAAAAAAGAUAUUUUUAAUUGGCAAGCAGAAAAUCUUCUCAAAUUGCGACAAAAAAAUUUGAUCACGUCAUAUUGUAAUAAUGUUGCUCGUAAUGAACCAUGGGAAAAAUACCAUAAGAAAGUUAAAUUGAGAACAGUAAUUCAACAAUUGUCAAUGAUUGUCCCAAAUGAUGCGAAAAGAAAAUUUCAAGAAGUGGAAGUGGAACUUCGUCGAUGUCCAACUUAUAAAAAAUAUGCUAUAUGUCCCAAGGCAGCUUCAGCAAUGAAAUUAUUUAACGAACAUCAUUGGAACAAAUUUCAAGAAAUAAUACAUCACGAAUAUAACGAAAGACGUGAAUAUGCUAUUUUAAGAGCUAGACAAUAUGAUUUAUUCUUAAAAGUUUAUUCUUUGAUUCCUUCAAAAUAUUCCAUGAAUGAUUCAAUUGUUCAAUAUCUGUGUCAUUGUCCAUCAUUUAAAAAACCACCAUUAUACUCUUGGGAUAAUAAUUUUUUAGAUACGAAAUUUAUUCCUCAACUUGCACGAGAAGCUCGAGAGAUUGCAAAUAAACGAAAUCAUCCACCUCCAAUUACUACAACCAGUGGUGCCCAAAAGAUUGGAUUAUCAGGAAGAUGCGUUUUCUUGUGCAAAUUGUGUGUUGAUGAUGAUGAGAUUGAUAAGAAAAAUUUACGUACAAGUUUAUACAAGAAUGUUCGUAUGCAUUUACAUAAUUUUCAUGGUGUAAAAAAUAUUAAAGAUAAAAAAAUGAUAAUGACUGAUUUCUUGGAAGUAGGAAAACAAUAUUUGAAACGUGACUCUCCUAUAGUUUGUUUUUUCCUACCUUUGAGUAGGAAAACAAUAUUUGAAACAUGA